AUGUUUAGGCUCCCAGGCGUAGCGCUCAUCACCGGUGCGGGUGGCACAGGUAUUGGAGCAGCUGUAUGCAAGGCUUUUGCUCGGUCGGGGUGUUCCAGGUUCGCCAUCACAGACAUUAAUCCAACGUCACUACAAAGCACUCGUGCGGCCAUCCUCGAGAUCAACCCCAAGGCCAGCGUCUCCAGCCAAGCCGGCGACGUGUCUGAUGAAUCCUUUGUCGAUGAAUUCGUGUCGAAAUCAACCGGCAUCUUCACCCGCAUAGACUACGCCGUGAGCUGUGCCGGCAUCCUCGGUCCGUCCCUGCGCUCCCACCAAACACCAGUGUCGGAAUUCGACAAAAUCACCAACGUCAACUACAGGGGGUCUUGGCUGCUGUCGCGCGCCGUGCUGGGCCAGAUGGUCAAGCAGCAGCCGCUCCCUGAGCACCCAGAGCAGCGUGGUGCCGUGGUCAACAUUGCCAGCAAUCUGGGCAUCGUGGCCCGGCCGACUGCGGCCGCAUAUUGCGCGUCCAAGGCCGCCAUUAUGAACAUGACACGCUCUGAUGCCAUAGAUUACUCAUCCGAUAAUAUUAGAGUGAAUUGCGUUUGUCCAGGCGUCACCGCCACACCCAUGACGACGGGCUCUGAUGAGAUUAAGGCUCGCGUCAGACCAGCCAUUGACAUUGCGCCGAUGCGGCGCAUGGGAAGGCCAGAGGAGAUUGCCGAUGCGGUCUUGUUCUUGUGCUCAAAGCAGGCGUCGUUUAUUCAAGGCCAUGCCCUGGUGGUGGACGGAGGGUACACGAUAAACUAG